GUAGUCACGUCACGCCUCUCAAAUUGCUGAAAUUGAAAUCAUUUGUAGUCUAUUGUUCAUCAAUUCCGUUGUUCAUUUCUUGUAAUUGGUCCUCAGCAAUGUCUCUUCCUCGUCAUGUACAAGAUGUUAACUUAAACCUUGAUUUUCAGUCACCAGAUGAGAUAAAGCCCUCUCUGAAAAAGUCUUUUUUAUUGACAAAAUGGAUAAGAAAUAUUAUAUUGGAUUCAUCAUCACGUAAUCUUUUAGCUUUUCUUCUUAUCAAUCUUUCCUUUGCUUUUGUUGAACUUUUGUACGGCAUGUGGACUAAUAGUUUAGGUCUUAUUUCUGACUCAUUUCAUAUGUUAUUUGAUUGUACUGCAUUACUUGCUGGCUUAGUUGCUACAGUGGUAUCAAAGUGGCCUCCAAAUGACCACUACUCUUAUGGGUAUGUUCGUGCAGAAGUUAUUGCUGGUUUCAUUAAUGCACUUUUUCUACUAUUUAUUGCUUUUUUUAUAUUUGCAGAGGCAAUUGAGAGAGCUUUUGAACCACCUGAAGUGAAACAUGACCGAUUAUUGGUUGUAUCUGUUGGUGGUUUUAUUGUUAACUUAAUUGGGAUUUUUGCAUUUCAUCAUGGAGGUCAUAGUCACUCUCAUAGCCAUAGUUCAUGUAGUCAUAGCCAUGAUCAUUCACAUGGUUCAGUUCUUGACACUCAUGCUGAUCAUGUUCAUAAAUCUCAUCAUCAUGAUGCCUCAAAAGGAAGUAACUCUCAGAUAAUGCAAGGUUAAUUUAACUUUUACUGUUUUAUGUUUAUGUGAAGUGUACUGUUGGUGGGAAAGUUUGGAUAGUGUUAAUUUAGCCAAAUUUAAUGUUUUGAUAGCCUAUCACCAAAAUAAAAAUCCAA